AUGUCCGUCGAAAGCAAACACGAUCUUCGUGUGAGCGAGCUCAAGGCGAAAAAAAAAGAAGAAAAGAGGCGAUUGAAAGAGGCCAAAAAAGAAAAAGAAUACGUACAGGACGUGGAAUAUACAGUGAAGGAAACGAGUGAGAAGACGUCGAAAAAGAAAUCCAAGAAGCGAUCACGAGACGAGGUCGACAGCGAAGAGAAACAAAAGGACGAACAAAACGAAAGGAGGAACAAUGAUAAAAUAGAGGAAGAUGGAGUGUCAGAAAAGAAGUCACGGAAGAAGAGAAAGUCGGUCUCUUUCGCAGAUAACGUUGAUGUCCAGACUAUCGAGCACAAGGAUGAAAUGAACGGUGCUGGCACAGAGACGAAAACAGACGACCAUGAUGAUAAAAUAGACGCGGACAACGAAGAGCAAAAUCGCGAAAGAAGAAAAAAGGAGAAAAGAGAGAAGCGCGAACAACGACGGAAAAACAGCGAGAAAACCGCUACCACGACCAAAGGAGAUAAGUCCAUGACAGAAUCGGCAGACAAAACUAUCAUCGCCUACUUAUGGCAGUAUCACCACGACCGCACAUCAUGGAAAUUCCAGAAAAUUCGCGAAGCUCAACUACUCAAACAUGUCUUUUCUUUGGAGCAUGUCCCCUCUGAGUAUAAUCCGGCGCUAUUGGCGUAUUUAAAGGGAUUGAAAAGUGAAGGUGCAAGAACAAGACUUCGCAAAAGUGCGCAGGACGUCAUCAAAUUUGACGAGAAGCAUACUUCUGCCUUAUCGGCAGAUGAAAGUACAGUUACAGAAGAGACGAGUGAUAUUGCUCAAAUACCUGUUUUGCCCGAGUCGUGGAGAGAAGAAUAUGGUAAUGCUGUAUGGCGGUUCAAGGGCAAUUUGAAUGCGGGUGUCAAGGAUCUGAAUGAAGGUGUUACCUUGACUGCGCCGGAUGGAGACAACAAUGAAAAUGGAGAAAUCGAUCCCAACGUUCUGACCAGACUCGAACAUCGCAAACGAGCCGAGAUGGUUUUGUGGACUGCAUCAGGCAAAAUAGGCAAAUUCUCCUCUGCAACAAGUAAGCCGGAGAAGUCAGCCGAAGCAGAAGCUGAAUCAGAGCCCACGGAAACUACAUCAGUUACGAAGAAGGAAACCAAGCAGAAAGCACCGGCAAGGAAGAAGAGAAAGAAUCGAACUAUGAUUGUGGAUAUUUCGAGUAGUAGCGAGAGUUCUGAUUCGGACAGUGAUUGA